CUGCCUCCUCCUGGCUGCGCCCCUCCGGAGACCGGAGCCGGAGCCGGAGCCGGGUGGGCGCCCCGCCGGUGGUCCUGCGUGCGCCGCGGCCGACUUCCCGGUCAGGUCCGGCUCUUCCGCCGCCGGGCGGACGCGGCCCCCAGGACCUGAGCAGAUAAAACCGAUCAACACUUUGAAACAAACAGCUCCCAACCGAAGGAAUCAUUUGAUACUUACAUAUAUAAACUUUAGGACUUCUAAAGACAAUGGUGAAAGAAAAGAAAAGAGCGGACAAACGGGCGGAUAAGUUUUCCCGCUCUCCCUCCACUGAUAAUCCAGACUUUUCCACACCAGACAGCAACGCUGCUAGACAAGAACUGUCCCCCAGGGCUGCCCCACCAUUGGAAACGCAUCUCAGUGAAUCAGGGCUCAGAAAAGAGUCCAAUGACGAUGCCCAGCUGAAUGAAGACGCCACUCAGUACGAAGAGCCCAUUCUCACCAAACUCAUAGUUGAAAGCUAUGAAGGGGAAAAAGUCCAUGGACUGUAUGAGGGAGAAGGCUUUGCGGUCUUUCAAGGAGGCUGUACCUACCACGGUAUGUUUUCAGAAGGACUUAUGCACGGACAAGGGACUUAUGUUUGGGCCGAUGGACUGAAAUAUGAGGGGGAGUUUGUGAAGAACAUGCCCAUGAAGCAUGGCGUGUACACGUGGCCGGAUGGCAGCACCUAUGAAGGAGAAGUGUUACACGGCGUGAGGCACGGAUUUGGUAUGUUCGUAUGUGGCACGCACCCCGUGUCCUACAUCGGCCAAUGGUGUCACGGCAAGAGACACGGGAAGGGCUCUAUUUAUUACAACCAAGAAGGUACCUCUUGGUACGAGGGGGACUGGGUAUACAACAUCAAAAACGGCUGGGGGAUAAGGUGUUACAAGUCUGGAAACAUAUAUGAAGGUCAGUGGGAGGACAACGUGCGUCAUGGGGAAGGCAGGAUGAGGUGGCUGACGACCAACGAAGAGUACACGGGGCAGUGGGAGAAGGGCGUCCAGAAUGGCUUUGGAACACAUUCAUGGUUUCUAAAGAGAAUCCCCAACUCCCAGUACCCUUUGAGAAAUGAAUACAUAGGAGAGUUUGUAAAUGGAUAUCGUCAUGGCCAUGGAAAAUUUUACUAUGCCAGCGGAGCCAUGUAUGAGGGACAAUGGGUCUCCAAUAAAAAACACGGCAUGGGCCGAUUAACGUUCAAGAAUGGGCGUGUGUAUGAUGGCCCAUUUUCCAACGACCACAUAGUGGAGUUUCCAAAUCUUGAAGUUGAGUUCUUAAGUCACCUGGAUGGGUCUUCAGAAUCUUCCAUCAGUGCUGGUAGGGAAAUUAUCAGAAAGCUUGAUGGCAGUGAAAGUAAUUCUGUGUUAGGGUCGAGCAUUGAGCUGAACCUAAGUUUUUUGCUGAAUAUGUACCCCAAGGAACACCAAGCAGAGGAAAAGAAGCAGGUGGAAUAUGCUGUCUUAAGAAAUAUUACAGAAUUAAGAAGAAUCUAUAGCUUCUACAGCAGCCUAGGAUGUGAUCGCUCUCUGGAUAACACCUUUCUGAUGACAAAGCUUCACUUCUGGAGGUUUCUAAAAGAUUGCAAAUUUCAUCACCAUAAUAUAACUCUUGCUGAUAUGGACAGGGUAUUAAGCGCCAAUAAUGACAUUCCGGUUGAAGAAAUUCAUUCUCCAUUUACAACAAUACUUUUGAGAACAUUUCUGAAUUAUCUCCUGCAAUUGGCUUACCACAUCCAUCACAAAGAAUUCCGAAACAGAAGCCCAUCACUCUUUCUGUGUUUUACCAAACUGAUGACUGAGAACAUUCACCCAAAUGCCGGCCGCGUAAAAGGCAAUUUAUUCAGUGGGCAACAGCGGAUGCUCUAUUCCAUCAGCCACAUCAACAAGAGCUGGGAGAUUUACACGGUUUACUGCAGACCGCACGCGGCUCCUCCCCACGAGCCAUCCAUGAAGGUGCGACACUUCCUCUGGAUGUUGAAAGACUUUAAAAUGAUAAAUAAAGAAUUGACACCAGCCAAAUUUGUGGAGGUCAUCGCAGAGGAUAAUCCUUUCAUGCAUGAUGGCAUUGACAGCAACUUUGAACUUGAGCUGGUCUUCCUGGAGUUCUUUGAAGCUCUCUUAAGCUUUGCACUCAUCUCUGUUACUGACCAAAUGACUAAAUCCUACUUGAAUUUUCUGAAUGACGACUUGCCUGGAAACAAACAUGGAAGCCCCCGUCAGAACAUCCAGCACAGGAGUUCAAGUGUAGGAACAAGCCAGGAAUCUGAUCUGCAGGACAGCAGCACCAAGUCCUCUUCAAGCAAGCUAGGACCCAUGCUUGACCUCAGCAAAAUGAGGAAAUCAGAGCCCAAGAUCAGGAAGUCUCUGAGUGAUGAAAGAAUUUCCCAAUUGAAUUUUAAAUCUCCAGGAAAAGGCCUAACCUUUUUUUUACCUCAAAAUGAGAGAAAAGAGAAAUCUAAGGACGAACAAAAGGAAAAACUCACCGUCUGGAUCACGAGUAUGUAUAUCUUUUUUGUGAACAUGCUUUUCCAAGCACACAAACGUGUAGAAGCCCUCAAGGAGAAAGUCAGCAAAGACCGGCUACAGGACGCGGCCAUGGCCCAUCGGCGGAGGCUGGAAAACGAAGAGCUGGAAGCCAGGCUGAAUAGCUUGAGAGGGGAAGAGACCAAAAAACAAGACUCUGAGGUGGACAUCACUGUGAUCAAGGAGCCGAUCGACGCCCCGUCCUCCAGUUUCACAUCGAGCCCCCCUAAAGAGGACACCGUCGUGUCCCAAUCCAGCAAGCCCGUCACAAGCAAGAAGAAGAGAAAGUAACAGUUACUGGGUUUGUAAACAAACCCCAAGAACGAGAUGUAAAAGCUUAGAACCAAAGCUCUGUAACACGUUUCCUAAUAAAAUCGUGUUGUACCUUG